CACGAAACUGUCUGAGAAGUGUUAACUUUUCGAUCAGUUCCGUCGAUUCACAAACUACUUACGAAGUAAUAUCGUGUGUCUUCAAGGUCUUCUUCACCGAGUCAAGUACAGACGUUUUCAUUUUAAAGAGAAAGUGAAGGUGAGUAAAGUAAUUCUGUAGUCGACUGUAGACGUUAAGGAAGACGAAAGCGCCGAGCAUUAUUCCUCCGGUGUGAUUUUAACCGAGACAAAGCGAGUUUUUAUCAAUUUCAGAUGACUAACUUUAUCAUAGAUAAACAUCCAAGAGCGAAAGCCGUUGAUUAAAGAUCACUCAAUCCAUUUUUUUCAUUUUACACGACACAGGAAUGGUUUAAAUAAUAAUGGAUACUGUGAGAAUUAAAUCAUGUAUAUGGCCGUAUUACUUUGUCUUAAGUUAUUCUCGGCUUUACUCCUCGAUAACUCAUCUACUCGAAUGAUUCCCUUCCGACCGAGUUAAAGUGACGAGCAUUCGUAAUGAUUGCAGUUUAAAGAUACUGAUCCGGAUAUUUUAGUCGAGAUAUGCCCGCUUUAGUAUGUUUGGUUAAGAGAAAGCAAUUUUUAGUCUACUGCGCUGAGGUAAAGCGGCGAUUUUAUUCAAUUCUUGAGUGAUAACUUUGUCAUGGAGGGACAUGCAAGAGCGCGAUUUUCGCUGAUUCCAUGGCUUACAACCACUUAGUCCAAUUUUUUAAAAUGUAUACAUAACACUUGGAUAAUUUGAACGGUAAGCGAUAGAAAUUCAGGCUGUGGGAAUUGAUUUAUCUGUUGUGUUUCGAUUCUAACAAUCUUGAAAUAUCAAAUGAAUGAUCUCUGACUUGCGCUAUGAAUUUUCUGUCAAUCAUGCUUGUAGGCAAGUUUAUCCAUAUGCUAUGUUUCUCAUUGUCGAAAGAUUAUGAAUUUGUGAGGUAGACAGGAACACUUUUGUUUCAGUACGGUCAUAUAAUCGUUCUUCCGUAACGUUCUUACCAUACCAUGAAGGCAAGUUUAUCUAUCUGCUUUGUCUCUCUAAGUUGAAAGAUUAUGAAUUUGUCAUCAUAAAAUGAGGUAAAUUAAUGCUGCGAUUUGUGUUGGUAAUAGUUGCUUUGCCUCAAGGGCUUCAAGUUAUUAAAAUAAAUGUAACUUUUCAUAGUUGUCGUAGUUCUGAUCUCUUUUUGUGAGAGGACUCGAAGGGAUAUCAGUAUUUGUUCACAUUUUAUGCAGCUUAGGGGAAACGCAAUGGCAACAAAUUAAGUUGACUUGAAAUAUCAAUUGACCAAAACUUUGUCAUUUCGUCGAGCAUUGUGGAUUUGAAUAGUUAUUCAUGGUUAUUAUAACAUUAAUUGUCAAUUAAGUAUCACCGUUUCAUCUUCAUCAUUUUGCGAAUCAACUUGUUGUGUGGCAAGAUAGCCCUGAGGUAAAUCCAAACGUUGUGAUUAGUUCUUACUUGGUCUGUAUUUUUCCAUAAGGGCUGUUUCCACGUUACGUUCUGAAGCCAAUUCUUUCCUAAGAGAGAGUGAAAAUUUGCUCCUAUUUUGUGGCCAAUUAAGAUAAACUUAUGGUCCAAAAUAAUGGAGGUUAAUGGCUAAAUAGGCCUCAUAUGAUCUGAAACGAGGCUCGUGACAGAACUAAAAUAGUUAUGAUAUAAUGUAAAAUGGCCUCACUUGAGCCUUUUCGUAUCUGCACCAUGUGCUUUAAUGGCUUAAUAUAUAUAUAUAUAUAUAUAUAUAUAUAUAUAUAUACACUAUCUUUUUGGGUGUAUGUGUCUCUUUUUGAUGAGGAAAGAAAGUUAUCUGUCUUUAAUAUAUAUAUCCAAAUUUGCAACGUUUUUGGAACUGGUUUAUACUUUAUAAAAUGGUAAUGGAACUGAGUGGAGUGCAAUUAGGUCUUAAACACAUGCGUAAUUUCAAAAUCAAACAAGUGCAUGCAUGCACGAAAAAAGAUGCGAUUUAGUGCAAAAAAUGGUGCAAUAAGUGAAAAAAUUGCUCCAAUCAAAGCCAACCAGUUUGCAAGGAUCACCAGUGAUUUUAAAAUUUCAAAAUAUAUGUAGUAGGUAAACAUAUAUAUAUAUAUAUAUAUAUAUACAUGCAAACACAUAUACACCCGUUUUCAAAUAAGUACAAAUACAUACGCAUUAUUUCUUUAUUCCCUAGCUGCUGACAGAACAAAUUACAGGUGCAAUUUUUCAAAACUAAAGUACAAUUGUUGCUAAAAAAAAAAAGGCAUUGUAUUUUUGAUGUGAAAUAUGUAUGUAUCGUGCAUCAUGGCUUUUUUUUUCCUUCCCUUAUUAAAGCUUUUAUUACAAACACUAUGGAUACAAUGAAACGAUACUGUUGAACGAUCAAUCUGAGCAUAACAGCUACGAUUCAUCAGCAAAUGAGGUUUCACUACUUACUGGCAUAUACCUUCAUCACAAUAGUGCAGACCAAAGGAAAAAUUAAUCAUAAGAUGCACUGCAGCUACAUGUACUGUAAACACACACACACACAUCUAUAUAUAUAUAUGUAUAUAUAUAUAUAUAUAUAUACAGACACAUGUACACCCGUUUUUAAAUAAAUACAAAUAUAUACGCAUUUUUUCUUUAUUCAUCAGCUGCUGACAGAACAAAUUAUAGGUACAAUUUUUCAAAAGUAAAGUACAAUAGUUGCUGUCUAAAUAAAAAAAAAACAUUGUAUUUUUGAUUUGAAAUAUACAUGCAUCGUGCAUCAUGGCCUCUUUUUUCCUGCCCUUAUUAAACUUUUGUCACGAACACUAUGGAUAUAUCAGUUACAGAAAAUAAAUUACCAAAAGAUUACUGACGGAAUACACUUACAUGCAAGACAUAAUGAAGCUAUACUUCAAUCUGUAAGUUACAAGUAUUACAUAAUUUACUGACAAAAUAGUUUUUUCUUCAAUUUCCACUUAAAAUUUUUUCUCCCGAUGACAAAAGUGACAUGCCAAUUUUUCAAUGUUAUAGUGAAACUUUAGGUAGUGCGUCUGUAAAAUCGGAGUUAUGUCCUUUCAUCUUACAUUUUAUAUAAAAACGUAAAAAAAAAAAAAAUCCAGUUAAGUUGCAUUUUUACAAGGCAAACAGAUUGUGUAGUCAAAGAAAACAGAUUCAAGGGAGAAUUCAACCUUAAUUUUUACUACUUUCCCAAAUCCAAUUAGUUAGAGCGCUCCAAAAAUUAAUAAUUAGAAGCCUUGUACCUACAUAUACUGUAAUAUAAUCAAUCAAUGGCUAACAGAAAGGAUUCCCCAGCUAAAAAAAGCUUCAAUCUUAACUGACAUAUACCUUGAUCACAAUAGUGUAGAGCAAGGGGAAAAAUUAAUCAUUAAAAGAAUUGCACCUACAUGUAUUGUUAAAUAAUUAAUCAAUGUCUAAGAGAGGAUUCCUCACCUAAAAAGGCUUCAAUUCUUACUUGGCAUAUACUUUGAUCACAGUACUGUAGAACAAAGGGAAAAAAUUAACAAAUGAAAUUGAUAGCACCUACAUGUACUGUAAAUAAUUAAUCAAUACUUAAUGGUAAGGAUUUAUCAGCAAAAAGCCUCACUCCUAACUGGUAUAUCCCUUGAACACAGAAGUGUAUAGCAAGGAAAAGACUAAUCAAUAGAUGCACUGCACCAACAUGCCCUGUUAAUAAUUAAUCAAUACCUAACAGUAGGGAUUCCUCAGCUAAAAAGGCUUCAAUCCUGACUUGGCAUAUACCUUGAUCACGGUACUGUAGAGCAAAGGGAAAAAAUUAACAAAUGAAACUGAUAGCACCUAAAUGUACUGUAAAUAUUUAAUCAAUACUUGAUGGUAAGGAUUUAUCAGCAAAAAGCCUCACUCCUAACUGGUAUAUCCCUUGAACACAGAAGUACAUAGCAAGGAAAGACUAAUCAGUAGAUGCACUGCACCAACAUGCCCUGUUAAUGAUUAAUCAAUACCUAACAGUAGGGAUUCCUCAGCAAAAAGCUUCCCUUCUAAUCGGCAACUACCACAGUCUAUUACGGUGGUUUUGGGCAAUAGAAAAAUGUAAUCAUUAAAGGCACUGCACGUACAUGUCCAGUAGAAUGAUCAAUCAAUCCCUACCGAUUAGGAUUCCUCAGCUAAAAGCUUAACUUGGAACUGGUAUAUACCUUAAUCACGGUGGGGUAGAGCAAGAGAAAAAUUAAUCGAUAUAAGCAUUGCACAUGCAUGUACUGUAAAAUGAUAAAUCUGAGCCUAACAGUAAAAAUCCGUCAUCGCAAAAAAUGCUUCACUACUAACUGGCUUAUACCUUGAUCACAAUAGUGCAGAGCAAAGGAAACAAAUAAUCAUAACAUGCACUGCACCUACAUGUACAGUGACUGAUCAAUCAAUGCCUCACAGUUGGGAUUCCUUAGCCAAAAGCUUCACUCCUAACUGGCAUAUGCGUCAUAAGAGUGUAGAGCAAAGUAAAAAAAACAAAAAGUCAUGAGAUGCACUGCACCUAAUUGAACUGUUAAAUGGUCAAUCACUUCCUAACGGUAAGGAUUCCUCACCUAAAAGCUUUACUUCUAACCGGCAUAUACCUUGAUCAACAUAGUGCAGAGCAGAGUUCAAAAUUAGUCAUUCGAUGCAUUUUUCAUACAUGUACAUUGAUCACAGAACAUUAAAGAGAGGAAAAAAUUAAUUAUUAGAAGCAUUGCAGCUACUUAUGCUAUAAAUGGUAAUCUAUACCUAUAACAGUGAGGAUUCCUAAGCUAUCAUCUUCCCCCCUAACUGGCACAUACCUUGAUCACACUCCUUACCGGCACUUAUGCUGAUCACAGUAAUGUAAAGCAAAAGAAAAAAAAUCAAGCAUCAGAAACAGAGAACUUUCAAUAUUUCAAUAUGAUCAAUCAAUGCCUAACGAUAAGGAUUCCUCGGCUAAAAUCUUCACUCCUAACUGGCAAAUACUUUGAUCACAGUAGUGUAGGGAAAGGGGAAAAAAAGGACUGCUCCAACAAUGUGCUGUGGUUGAUCAAUCAAUGAGUAACAAUAAAGAUCCACAGCUAACAGCUUUACUCCUGACUGACAUAUACCCUGAUCACAGUAGUGUAGAACAAGGGGAAAAUAAACCUGAAAAAAGCAGUCCUAUGAGCACUGUAAAAUUAUUAAUAAAUGCCUGACAGUAUGGAUUGCUCAGCUGAAAGCUUCACUCUUAAGUGGCUUAUACCUACACCACAGUAGUGCAGAGCAGGUAAAAAUUAAUCAUUAGAAACACUGCAUCUAAAUUUAUUGGGAUAUACUUUGAUCACAGUAGCGUAGAUCAUGGGAAAGAAGAAAAUCAUUUGAAAAUGAAUCGAUCAAUCAAUGAAAUAAUAAAUCAACGUUUAAAAGUAAGAAUCUCCCAGAAAGAUACUUUUCUCCAAACUGACAUAUACCUCAAUCACAUAAAGUAUGAGUAUCGGAAUACUUAUGCAUACUUGCUUAAGAUGCAGCUCACCAAUGCCUUUAUUCCUCAGUAGCCAUCUUAACUGAGUUAAUACGCGUGCGUAAGUGAGUCAACCUGAGUGAGGCAUCCGUCACUCAGAUCAGUGGCACUAACUCACCGUCAGAUUGCAUUCAAGGGAUUUUUUGUUUAUUCUCAGGCAUUGUGAAACAUGGCAAGUACUACCCAAGCCGGUGAAAGAGGAAAUCUAAGCGAGAGCAUAAGAGAACCUCCGGAACUUAGAGAGACAUUGAAAGUGCUUGAGAUGAAGGAUCUCCCCCCAAAGACAACGCCUUGGGAAGACAUCGAAAAAAAAUUCUUGCCAGUUGAUUUUCUGCUGUUAACAGCAAAGGAAUGUGAACACCUAAGUUGCCUCUCCUUUCUCGACGACAUUAAGAUGGGUUGUCACCCCAAGCUCGGCCCUGUGAAUUUUGGGUUUAAUAGCUCAAAAUUAAAAAUUGCCGUGAUUAGAUGCUCUAUGGGUUCCAGCAGCCCUGGUGGCUCCACAGUUGUAGUCAAAGAAGCAGUUCCAAUCUUAAGGCCCAAAGCGGUCAUCUGUGUGGGUUACUGUGCUAGCAUGGACGAGAAGAAAGCUAAGCUUGGUGAUGUCAUUGUAUCUGCCAAGUUGAUAACCUGCGCUUUAAACAGGGUGGGGGAGAACGGGAUCGAAGAACAAGGCGAAAUUGUUCCUCCACAGCAGCGUAUGGCUAAACUCAUCAAGCUUGCCGGGGCAGGUUGGAAAGCACCUCUAAAAAACCCAGAAGACCUAAAAGUGACAGUACGCAAUGAUGGCGUGCUACUAAGUGGCCCUACUGUGCUUGAUAACCCAGAACUCAAAAGGGAAUUAAAGAACCGAUUUCGCCAGGCAACUGCCAUCGAGAUGGAGGGUGAAGGUAUUGUUUAAAGUACUCCAUAACCUUAUUUAGAGCCCUAGAUCCCAUAGACGCUAUUGCAGAAAAAAGUAAUCUAUUUAAGUUGUUAUAAUUUAUCUAAGAUUUUUCUUUGAGCUGCGUGCCAUCAGCAGUUCUUUAUAUUUUGUUUGUUGUGUAUUUUUGUUGAUAAGGAAGCAAAGCGUGCCCUUUGCCUUCUUGGGCUUUGCAUGCUGGAAUGAAUGACAUAACACGUGAAACAUAUGCUAAAGUAGACGCUCUAUGCAAAUAUAUGGAGGAAACGAAAAAAAUAGUUCCCCUAAAUCCUUGAAGGUUUGCGUACAGCACUGAGCACUGGCAUUGCAGCGAAUCGUCAAAGUUUAUAAUUCGUUCCUCCACUGUUUUUCCAAACUCACUGCGUUUUAUCGUGUUCUUACAGAAUUUCAACUCCUCUUUAGGUCUCUACGCAGCCGCUCAUAACCAUGGAAUUGAAUGGUUAAUUGUCAAAGGAGUUUCAGACUUCGGCGAUGGUAGCAAAUCAGCAACUGAUUCUUGGAGGCCAUUCGCAAGUGUGAUGGCAGCUUCACUUGUUGCGCAUAUGCUAAAUGACACCAUUGCGUUCGAGAAAUGGCGCCACUAUGAAGGUAAGUAAUUCUGAUAUAUGAUACUUUAUGUUACUUUAUGUGAAUUAGUAUUGUUUAUUUCUCAUGUUGCGGCAGCAUGCUGCUAGUCUUCAGUUAUUGAUGUGGUCGAUUAUUGAUUAUUGAUGUACCCACGACCUACCAGACGUGAUUCUCUGCCGCGAUUGGUUUAGCUUUAAUCAGCUGUUGGUGGAAUAUGCAUGAAGCAUCUGUUGUCUAUAAGUGUGUGUAUCUCUGUUCGUUUUCAGUCUGAGAGGAGCCAGUGAGGUAUCAAUAAGUACACUUUGCGCUUCCUAUCUAUCUCCAUCACCCACGCUGUUCCUCCCCCUCCCCCCUUCCUUCCCUGAGCAUGAAAACUUUACGAUAGGGUGACGCUUACGUUUUAUUUGAUUUAUUAGGCAUUCCUGUUAAUCACCUUUAAGCCCCGAAAUCCACACAAUACGCUCCGGCCGCCUGUGCAUGAGCCAACCUAUUUGAACAAAGACGGUUUUGGUCAGUUUUUAUGCAUAAAGGUGCCUUUUAACUCUUCACCAACGAUGAACCCAUACUUUGGUUUGAUCUAUUCUAGUUGAGAGGAUAACUGAAAGUGGUCUUUUUGAGCCCCUUAAUUAUCCAGUGAAAUACGAAAUGCAAAAUGGUUAACUGUAGGUACAAUUUCUUGUCAUUUUAUCCAGACAAUUCGGAUGUUGAAGAUGAUUCUCCUUCUCGGUCAUCAUCUUCUCCUUCCGGUUCAGACCCUAAAAGAAAGAAAGCGACAGCAGGUAAUAAUGUUUAAUUUUUAGGUACGCUGUUGUAAGAAUAUGCCUCCCUAAGAGUUUUGUUAAGUAGCAAGGAACAAAUUAAUUUCAACAUUUGUCGAAAUAUUUUGUGUUCGUAGCCCAUAUUAGCGAGUUGCAUGGCUGAAAAGAACAUGUCUUUAACCAGAGUAUGAAAUGCAAGUGAUUCCGGGUAGCGAGAAGGGAGGGAGGAAGAAAGAGAAGGACGAAGAAAGAGAGGAAAGGAGAAAUUGAAGGGAAGAGAGAGAGAUAUGGGAUGGAUGGGGAGAGGAAGAGAGAAAAAGGGGGAGAGAGAGAAAGGGGGAGGGAGAGAAAGGGGGAGGGAGAGAAAGGGGGAGGGAGAGAAAGGGGGAGGGAGAAGGAGGAAGGGAGAGAGGAUGAGAACGAGAGAAGAAAGGAAAAAGAAAGCAGAGAAGAAGGAGGGAAAGAUAAAGAAAAGGAAAAGUUGAGGGGAGUGAAGGUACCAUUAAAUGGAAGAGGAGAGGACAAGGGGGGCUGGGAGGGGGGGAGGGAGGAACAACGGAGAGAAGGCUGAGAGGGCAGAGGAACGGAGGGAGGAAAACGGGAAAGGGCGAUUAGAGGACAGAAGGGAGGCAAGGAGAAACAAUUUGACAGAAGGAAGGAAGGAAGGACAAAGGAGAUGAAGGAAGGAAAGGAGGGAGGGAAAGAACAGUGGAGGUGGGCAGAGUGUAACUCUAAUUCACUCACGUCUUUUAGGAGAAUCUUACGCAGAGGAUGCACAGCCCGGACCUUCAAAUCAAGGGGAACCGGGAUCCAUACGACCCGGUGAUAAAGCGCCUACUACUUAUAAAGGUAUUUCAUCUUAGUACCCUGUUUACUCUUUUGACGUUAAAUUUAAGAGAAAAUGGACACUACUAGGUUGAACUUUAUUUUGCAAAAAUGCCUCGGUACGAAAGGCUUACUUUAUUCCGUUUAAUUCAUUCCCCAUUGAUUCAUUCCAUAACAAUAGUAUCGCAUUUGAAGAAAAAAAACCCUUAGACGAGAGACUGCUAGCUAGGAAACGUAGUUCAUGACCUCCUUAUUCAAGAUGGUUUUCGGGCCCUUCGCAAAUGAAGAGGUCAGAAUAGAUUAGUGUACUUAGAAGGCAUAUAAAAAUUGCUUAGCUGGAUAAGGAAUGAGUUUUCAAACGCGACUUACUUUGUCUUAUAUGUUCUCAUUCUAAAUGAUGAUUUCGUUUUGCGAACCGCUCUCACCGAAUCCCCCAUUACUUCGUUGAAAUUGAACACCUCUCAAACCAAAGAACAAAAACUACGCUCUGGUUGGUGCGAGAUACAUACCCUAAAUGCGGCGAUCUGAUUGGUGCGAGAUACAUGCCCUAAACGAUCUGAUUGGUGCGAGCAACAUACCACUCUCCGCAUGCUAACUUAGAUGUUAUUUUUUUAAUAAAAAAAGUAACUCAAAAAUUAAUCGAUAGAGGCAUUGUGCAUGCGUGUACUGAAAAAUGAUCAAUCUUAGCCCAACAGUAACAAUCCAUCAGUGAAAAAAAAGCUUCACUACUAACUGGCUUAUACCUUAAUCAAAAUAGUGCAGAGCAAAGGAAACAAAUAAUCAUGAGAUGUACUGCACCUUCCUUGAACUAUAAACUAACAAUCAGUACCUAACAGUAAGGAUUCCUCAGCUAAAAGCUUUGCUCCUAACUGGCAUAUACCUUAAUUACAAUAGUAUAGAGCAGAGGAUAAAAUUAGUCAUUAGAUGCAUUGUUCCUACAUAUUCAUUGACUGCAGUACUUUAAAGGAAAAAACAUGUGCUAUAACUGAUCAAUAUACCAAACAGUAAGUAAGGAUUCCUCAGCUGACAUAUUCACUCCUAACUGGCACAGUAGUGUAAAGCAAGAGAAAAAAUUAAGCACUAGAAGUAGUGAACCUACAGUACUCCAAAAUGAUUAAUCAAUACCUUACAAUAAGAGUUACUCAGCUAAAAUCUUCACUCUUAACUGGCAUAUACCUUGAUUACAGUGGUGUUAAGCAAAAGAAAAAAUUUAUCAUUAGAAUCAUUGCGUAUACUUGUACUUUGAAACGAUCAAAUCUGAGCAUAAAAGCGAAGAUUCAUCAGCAAAUGAGGCUUCACUACUUACCUACGUUCAUCACAAUAGUGCAGACCAAAGGGAAAAAUAAUUAUAAGAUGUACUGCAACAACAUGUACUGUAAAUAAUCAAUCACUGCCUCAUUCCCAAAUAGCAAUUUCCUCGAUUUCAGUGUUGUAGAGCAAGGGGAAAGAAUAAUCAUUAGAAGCAUUGCACCCGUAUAUAAUGUAGAAUAAUCAAUCAAUGAAAUGAUAUGAAAUGGUCUCACUUGUGCCAUUUCAUAUCUGUACCAUCUAGUUAAAUGGUUUAAUAUAUAUAUAAAUCUAUCUAUCUACAUGGUAAGAAGUCUGUGUUUUGAUUUUUCCGUUGUACAGUGCUCGAUACGUGGAAGUAGAGCGCGAUAUGUAUUGAGAUAGGGAAAAAAACAAACAGACUAUAGAGACUAGACUCGUCGUUAGGGAAAUAUCAGGCUAUGCAAAUGGACUGGAGGAAUUAGCAAUUAGUGAAAUACCUUUGCAAGUGUAAUGGCAGCCUCAGUUGUGGAAAAUAUGUUGUAUGGUUGCGUUGUUUUUCCAAAGCUGGCCACAUUAUAAAGGUGACGUUACUCUCUUUUUCUUUUAAACCAAAUAAUGGGUUCUCAUAUCUCCGUAGAUUUAUAAAUUGUGUGACCAUAAUCAACCUCAUAUAGGAUUAUAAUCAUCUUACAAGAUAUUUUAGUUUGUUACCUGAAUUUAUUUAAUAAAUUGGCAACCUUAAAGAGUUUCUAAAGUUGACGAUGAUACUGUAAGGAAUAAGAAUUACGAUUAAAAGACAUAUAUUUUUUUACCAGAGCUCUUAAGUUCCACAGUUUCUCUAGAAACUUAUCCCCUUCAUUCAUUUAAUGAUUACCUUGGUUUGCCUUAUUUCAGAUCAACCAUUAUGUAAAAUUGCCUAUAUAAGCUUAGCAGGACAACAAGCAGCGAAACUAAGAAUGAAAAAGGCUAUCUUAAACUUUUCUUUCUUGCAUCCCUUCUCCUCACUCUCUUUUAAAACUCCCAGAAAGGAGCCAGCAGUGCAGGGCAGAAGUGAAAUUAUUAAAGUUGUCGAGAACCACUGAGCAUGGAAUGGUAUAUGGGUUGAGUAACUGAGGUUGCAUGAACAUUAACGUCAAUUGUGAUUUUAUUUCAAUCUAACAUCUGUAUAACAAGUUAUUAAUCCUAUGCAUCGAGUCAGUUUUCAAAAUAUGGUAUUUCAUUCGGUUUUUUAAAAUACUUAAAUAGUUAAUUCCCUGUGAACUGAAAAUCCCGAUAGUUGCAAUCAUAAAUAAAGGGCCAGUCUACGUACGCGUAAAUUAAGAUAUUUUCCUGUUGGAAAGAAGGAAGCUUGAGUUUUCGCUUUCUAAAUUCUUGAAUUAUUUUGUUUAGAAGCGAGUGACCUCAGUGCAAAUGAACCUGCAAUCAUACCCAGUACGCUUAGGCCGCCUGUGCACGAGCCAACCUAUUGGUACAAAGACGGUUUUAGUCCCUUUUUUUUUAUGCAUUAAAGAUGCCAUUUAACUCUUCUCCGACAAUGAACCCGUUCUCUGCUGUUCUUUUGAUCUAUUCUAGUUAAGAUGAUAACUUAAUGUGGUCUUUUUGAGCCUCUAAAUUAUCCAGUGAAAUAUACGAAAUGCAAUAUGUUUAACUGUAGGUACAAUUUCUUGUCAUUUUAUUCAGACAAUUCGGAUGUCGAAGAUGGUUCUCCUCCUCAAUCUUCCGGCUCAGACCCUGAAAGAAACAAAGCGAUAGCAGGUAAUAAUGUUUAAUUUUUGGUACAAUGUUUUAAGAAAAUGCUUGCUUAAGAGUUUUUUCAAGUAGCAAGGAGAAAAUUAAUUUCAAAAUGUGUCGAAUAUUUUGUGUUGGUAGCCCUUAUUACCGAAUAUCAUGGCUAAAAGGCACAUUUCUCUAACCAAAGUAUAAAAUACAAGUGAUGCCGGGUAACGAGAAGGGAGGGAGGAAGAAAGAGAAGUACAAAGAGAGAGAGGAAAGGAAAAAUUGAGGGGAGGGGAGGGAGGUAUGUGAUGGAUGGAAGGAGAGAGUGAGAGAGGGAGGCAGAUGGGGAGGGUGGAGGAAGAUGGGAGAGAAGGACAAAGGGAUGGAUGGAAGGAGGGAGGAAAAUAAGAAGAAGGGGAGGAGGAUAGAAGAAGGGGAGAGAAAUCAAAGGGAGAGAAGUAGCAACCUCAUAUGUGAUUUGAUCAUCUUACAAGAUAUUUUGGUUUAUUAACUGAAUUUAUAUUGUAAAUUGGCCACCUUAAAGAGUUUGUGAAGUUGACGUUGAUACUGUGAGGAUUAAAAGUUACGAUUAAAAGAUAUAGUUUUUGGUUCUGGAGCUCUAGAGUUCCACAGUUUCUCUAGAAACUUACCCCCUCAAUUCAUUUAAUGAUUAUCUUGGUUUUCCUUGUUUCAGACUACCUAUUAUGUAAAAUUGCUUAUAUAAGCCUAGCCAGUACAACAAGCAGCGAAACUCAGAAUGAAAAAGGCCAUCUUACAUGCUUGUUUCUUGAAUCCCCUCUCCUCAUUCUCUUUCAAAACUACGUUAUUCUUUCUACUUCCCAAUCCCUCGCUGUUAGUCGAAUAUGCAUUGAGCAUCUGUUGUCUAUACAUAUGUAUUUUUGUUCGAAAGGAAAUCUGAGCAUGAGAGAACCUCCAAAGCUUAAAGAGAAACUGAGAGUGCUUGAGAUGGAGGAUCUCCCCCCAACUACAACGCCUUGGAAAGAUAUCAAAGAAAAAUUCCUGCCUGUUGAUUUUCUGCUAUUAACAGCAAAGGAAUGUGAACUCGUAAGCUGCCUCUCCUUUCUCAAAGACAUUGAGAGGGGUUACGAAGACAAGCUCGGCCAUGCGUAUUUCGGGUUUAAUAGCUCAAAAUUGAAAAUUGCCGUGAUUCGAUGCUCAAAGGGCGCCGCCGCCUCAAGUGGUGCCAUAGUUGUAGUCCAAGGUGCGGUUCCAAUCUUGAGGCCCAAAGCGGUCAUCUGUGUGGGUUAUUGUGCCAGCUUGGACGAGAAGAAAGCGAAGCUUGGUGAUGUCAUUGUAUCUGCAAAGUUGAUAACCUACGCUUUAGUCAAAGUGAGGAAGGAUGGGAUCGAAGAACGCGGCCAUGUUGUUCCUCCACAGCAGCGUAUGGCUAAACUCAUCAAUGAUGUCGGGGCAGGUUGGAAAGCACCUCUAAAAAAACCAAAAGACCUAAAAGUGACAGUACGCAGUGAUGGCGAGCUACUCAGUGGCCCUACUGAGCUUGAUAACCCAGAACUUCGGCGAAAAUUAAAGAAGCGAUUUCCCCGAGGAACUGCCAUCGAGAUGGAAGGCGAAGGUAUUGUCUAAAGUACUCCAUAACUUUAUUUAGAACCCUUGAUCCCAUAGACGCUAUUGCAGAAAAAAGUAAUCUACUUAAGUUGUAAUAAUUUAUCGUACAUUUUUCUUUUAGCCAAAAGUGCUGCGUACCAUCAGCAGUUCUAUAUAUUUUAUCUGUUGUGUACUGUUAUUGAUAAGCAAGCAAAGCGUGCCUUCUUGGGGUUUGCACGCUGGAAUAAAUCGAUGAUUUAUUGACAUGACACGUACAACAUAACUAAAGAUACAUGCUUAAGACUAAAAGUUCUGUGCAAAUAUGUGGAGGAAAAGAUAAAAAAUAGUUCCCCUAAAUCCUUGAAGAUUUGCGCACAGUACUGAGCACAAGCAUUGCAACGAGUCGUCAAAGUUUACAAUUCGUUCCUCCGAUAUUUUAACAAAACCACUGCGUUUUAGUGUGUUUCAACAGAAUUUCAACUCCUCUUUAGGUCUCUACGCAGCCGCUCAUAACCAUGGAAUUGAAUGGUUAGUUAUCAAAGGAGUUUCAGACUUCGGCGAUGGUAGCAUAUCUGCUACUAGUCCUUGGAGGCCAUUCGCAAGUGUGAUGGCAGCUUCACUUGUUGCGCAUAUGCUAAAUGACAGUAAUGUGUUUGAGAAAUGGCCCCACUAUGAAAGUAAGUAA